GGGUACAAAUCCCGUCCGCUGAUUUUCUGGUGAUAGGCGAGGGCUCCAUCCCCUUGCAGAUUAUCUUAGCGACGACCUUGGUCUUCCACUAAUCUCGUGACUAGUGCUGGCCUCCGCUUCCGCGCUCCUUCCUAAUUCCCCACGGUCAAAGCUGGUUCAUCUCCGAGGCCCCGCUCUCCUUGUGAACUUCUUUUCAUCGAUCCAACUGCGACCCUCUCUGUCGUCGAGCAGCGAGAUGAAGAACAUGAAACCACCACUUCUACUAUUCAUCUUCAUCUCGGUCUCGCUCGAAGCACUCCCGAUCUCAGUCACUGGCGACAACGUUGAAAUUUAAGCCUUCCACGAAAAGCGCACCGGCGAGGGUACAAAUCCCGCCCGCUGAUUUUCUCGUGACAUGCGAGGGCUGUAUCCCUUGCAGAUAUCUUAGUGACAGCUUUGGUCUUCCACUAAUCACGUGACUAGUGCUGGCCUUUUCUUCCGCGCUCCUUCCUAAUUCCCCACGGUCAAAAUUGGUUCGUCUCCGAUACCCCGCUCUCCUUGUGAAUUUCUUUUCAUCGAUCCAACUGCGACCUUCUCUGUCGUCGAGCAGCGAGAUGAAGAACAUGAAACCACCACUUCUACUAUUCAUCUUCAUCUCGGUCUCGCUCGAAGCACUCCCGAUCUCAGUCACUGGCGACAACGUUGAAAUUUAAGCCUUCCACGAAAAGCGCACCGGCGAGGGUACAAAUCCCGCCCGCUGAUUUUCUCGUGACAUGCGAGGGCUGUAUCCCUUGCAGAUAUCUUAGUGACAGCUUUGGUCUUCCACUAAUCACGUGACUAGUGCUGGCCUUUUCUUCCGCGCUCCUUCCUAAUUCCCCACGGUCAAAAUUGGUUCGUCUCCGAUACCCCGCUCUCCUUGUGAAUUUCUUUUCAUCGAUCCAACUGCGACCUUCUCUGUCGUCGAGCAGCGAGAUGAAGAACAUGAAACCACCACUUCUAUUAUUCAUCUUCAUCUCCGUCUCGCUCGAAGCACUCUGGGUCUCAGUCACUGGCGACAACGUUGGCGCUUACCAACCGACCGAUGAUAUCGCCGUCGACUGCGGCUCCAACACCAGCUCCCCUGUGGGUGGACGGAAUUGGAUUGGAGACGCCGCUGACCGUUCGGACUACUCUCCAAUUGAGAAAACUCACUCCUCUACCGCAGCAGAGGCAAGCAGUUCAUCUCCCAGCAUCUCUGGCGCCGUCCCAUACCUCACGGCUCGCCUCUCCCGCUCCGAGUUCGCCUACACCUUCCACGUCACCGCAGGGCCCAAAUUCGUUCGCCUGCACUUCGUCCCUUCGGAUUACCCCAACUUCCGCCGUGCCGACUCCUUCUUCUCAGUCGAGGCCGCUGGCUACACCCUGCUCCACAACUUCAGCGCUUCCCUCUUCGCUGAUUACACCCGCUCCGUGGGCUACUUCUCUAAAGAGUUCUGCUUAAGUGUCGGAAAGGACCAGAUAUUGAACAUAACGUUCACUCCCACUCCUGGUAAUUCAGACCCGUACGCUUUCGUGAAUGGAAUCGAAGUCGUUUCCAUGCCCGAAAGUCUCUACUACAACACCGUCGUUGACUCAACCAAGGGAAUCACGUUGGCAGGUCAGCUGGCGCCAUUCACCUUCCGUACCACUGAUGCUCUUGAAGCGGUGAAGCGCUUGAACAUCGGAGGACAGUUUGUAAGUCCAGCUGAGGACACAGGAAUGGACAGGACCUGGGAAGCAGAUGACGAGUACGUGACUUCCUCGGGCUUCGGAGUUUUGCCGGUUAACACAACUAUCCAACUCAAUUACAGUGAGCAAGUGCCAAAUUACACGGCUCCAGAUCUCGUAUACACAACUGCAAGGACCAUGGGAACGCACAAAAGAAUCAAUCUGAUCUACAACCUCACGUGGUCCGUCGAGGUGGACACGAACUUCUACUACUUGGUCCGGUUACACUUUUGCGAAUUCCAGAUAGAGAUAAAUAAACCCUUAGAUAGGGUUUUCGAGAUUUUUAUAGAUUCACAACUGGUCGAGGAUCAUGCGGAUGUCAUUAGUUGGAGCGGGAAGAAGGGCGUGCCCGUCUAUAGAGAUUUUGCAGUAGCCUUGUAUGACAGCCAAAAGAAAAGAACCAACCUCUCCGUCGCGUUGGGCGCGCUUCCAAAUGGUUCUACUCUUUACUCUGAUGCCAUCUUGAAUGGCCUCGAGAUAUUCAAGAUCAACAAUCCAGAUGAGAAUCUCGCAGGGCUGAACCCGGAUCCGGUCCCGAUUAAAAGGCCGCCACCGCCAGGGCCUCCACAGUCAAGCAAAGCACCGUCGAGCCUCAGCAAAGCAGCAAAGAUUGCCAUCAUUGCUGGUGGAACUUCGGGCUUCACCGUGCUCUCUCUCCUGGCUUUCUUCCUGUACCGGCGACGAAACAGAGCGAAGGAUUCGACCUCGAGCGACGGCACCUCAUGGUGGGGCCCAUUCUCCUACGCGACGACCAAGUCAACGAAGACCCAGGGGUCGUCCCUGCCGUCGGAUCUGUGCCGCCACUUCUCGCUAACGGAGAUAAGAGCGGCCACGAACAACUUCGACGAGGUGUUUAUUAUCGGCGUGGGCGGGUUCGGCAACGUGUAUAAGGGCUAUGUCGAUGGGGGCGCCACCCAAGUGGCGAUCAAGCGGCUGAACCCAGGGUCGCAGCAGGGCCACCACGAGUUCAUGACCGAGAUCGAGAUGCUCUCGCACCUCCGGCACCUCCACCUGGUCUCCCUGAUCGGGUUCUGCAACGACGCGGGAGAGAUGAUCCUGGUGUACGACUACAUGGCGCGCGGGACUCUCCGUGACCAUCUCUACAACACCGACAAUCCCCCCCUUCCCUGGAAGCAGCGGCUCCAGAUCUGCACGGGAGCCGCGCGUGGGCUGCACUACCUCCACACUGGUGCCAAGCAGACCAUCAUACACCGCGACAUGAAGACCACCAACAUCCUGCUCGACGAGAAGUGGGUUGCCAAGGUGUCCGACUUCGGGCUCUCGAAGGUCGGGCCGACGUCGGUGUCCAAGGCCCACGUCAGCACGGUCGUGAAGGGCACCUUCGGGUACCUGGACCCGGAGUACUACAGGCGCCAGCAGCUGACUGACAAGUCCGACGUGUACUCCUUCGGGGUGGUGCUGUUUGAAGUGCUGUGUGCAAGGCCCGCGGUGAACCGGACGGCUCAGAAGAAGCAGAUCAGCCUGGCCGCCUGGGCCCAGAGCUGCUGUAAGAGCGGGAGCAUCGACAAGAUCGUGGACCCACAACUGAAGGGGGCGAUCGCCCCCGAGUGCCUUAAUAAGUUCUGCGAGAUCGCCAUGAGCUGCUUGCAGGACGAGGGAACCAAGCGGCCAUCCAUGAACGAUGUGGUGUGGGGCCUCGAGUUUGCACUGCAGCUACAGGUGAGCUCGGAGCAGGGGGUGAUAGACAAUGUGGUUGCGUCCGUGCACAAUGGCGAUGCUUGUGACGAUGACGCGGCUCCAAUUGAAGGCAACCUGAUGGGCCACAGUGAUGAGGUGUUCAGCACUAACAACAGUGGCGGUGGGAAGAGCCUUGGGGCAGCUGCGACAACCACCGGUAGCGAUGGCGUUUAUGAUGAGAGUACGACUAGUUACGAUUCGGAUAAGUUGCUCUCUGGGGCUGUCUUCUCUGAGAUUCUGAAUCCCAAAGCUCGUUGAGAGAAGGGCAUUCAGGUUCAUCUGUUCCUGCAUAUUUCUCGAAUUUGGAUAUGGCAUGGUUUUGCUAUAAAAUAUCGAGCAUGAAAUAUUGCUUAUUCUUUUUCUGCUUUGGGACAAUAAUUGUAACUUGCGAAAUGCCUCCACGCGCAUAAGUUUUGUGUAUUUUUCUAUGCAAAAAAAAAAAAAAAAAUUGUAGUCAUUAAGAAUGUACUCAAAUUCUAAUCGAUGUUAGAUAGUCUCAUAGUUUUUGCUGAUGAUUGAGGAAUAUCAAAGUGA